GCUGGAAACUGACCUUUGAUGUCGGCGGCAAGAAGGACUGCUUCUAACGUAAAGCGAUGUGUCCCUUGUCAUAGCGAAUAAUAACCAGGAUUCCAAAACCGGAGGACCGGGGUCGGUUUUCUCAACCGCUUCUGAUGUGCGGCCGGGUACCGGCAUCCGGGCUUGGCCCCGGGUGGCGCCGCCGAACCCCUCGACAAGGGGGGUGAUCAGAUUGAUGGUUCUUCGUUUUCGCUUCUAGCCAAGACCCGAAGAAGCUUCUCGGAUUCGGUGUGUUAGCAGUCCCGAUGAUCUGGGAGUGGAGGAGCAGGCUACGCUACAAUAAUAAAAGACCACACCAUGCUGUUCCUAUUUUUUUUGUCUUGGCCGCAAUCUGUCUCGGCAGCCAAGAAUCGAUUUUCUAGAUCCCCUUUGGUUAAUCUACUGCCAUGGCCGAUUCGUCAUCGCAAAGAGCGCUCGCCUCUACCCCUAAACCCUCCGACCACGACCUCGAGAAGGGCGCAUACGAACCCAACUCGGACCUCGACGCUGCUACCAUUGUGCCCGAAUCCGAGUCUGUCACCAGAGAUGGCCCUGCCGGCGAGAAGCGGGAGGAGGAAGGCAGCGACCCCAACAUUGUCUCCUGGGAUGGCCCUGACGACCCCACGAACCCGAUGAACUGGACCAUGCGGAAGAAGUGGUCCAACAUUGCUGUUCUCUCCGUCCUCACCGUCAUUACCCCCCUUGGCUCGUCCAUGUUUGCACCCGGUAUCCCUCGAAUCCUGGCCGAAUUUCACGAAACAUCAUCCGUCACGGCCACCUUCAUUCUGUCCGUCUACAUCCUCGGCUUCGCCUUCGGUCCCGUCGUCGUUGCGCCAAUGAGUGAGAUCUACGGCCGGUCUCUGCUCUACAACAUCGGCAACGUAUUGUUCACCAUCUUCACCGUCUGCACCGCCCUCAGCAACAGCAUCGGCAUGAUGAUGGCGUUCAGGUUUCUCAUGGGCGUCGCCGGUUCCGUCCCCAUCACCAUCGGCAGCGGCAGCAUUGCCGACAUGAUGCCUGUCGAGAUGCGCGGGAGGGCCAUGGCCGCCUGGGCCCUCGGUCCCCUGCUUGGUCCAUGUAUCGGCCCCGUGGCCGGCGGCUACCUGAUUCGCGCGGCCGGGUGGAGGUGGGUGUACUGGCUCAUCACCAUUGUGGCCGGCAUCAUCACGGUGUUUACUUUUUUCACCCUCAAGGAGUCGUACGCCCCAGUUAUCUUGGAGAGGAAGGCCGCCCGCUUGCGCAAGGAGACGGGCAACCGGGAGCUGCGGAGCGCCCUUGCCGGCGCGGCCGCAUCCCCUGCCGAAAAGUUGAAGGCCGCCAUUGUCCGUCCGGUCAAGCUGCUUUUCCUCGCCCCUAUUGUGACGUCCAUGUCUCUCUAUGUCGCCGUUACUUACGGCAUUCUGUACCUGCUCUUUUCGACUUUUAGCAUGGUAUACCCCCGGUACUACGGUUUCGACGAGGGAGAGAGCGGUCUGGUCUUCAUUCCUUCGGCGAUUGGCAUGGGCCUCGGUAUCGGCGUCUUCGGCGCGCUCUCCGACAAGCUAGUCAAGAGCAAGCUUGACAGCGGAGAGCACCACCGUCCAGAGAUCAGGUUGACGCCGUGGUUUACCAUCCCUGCCGGUGUCACCAUUCCCGUCGGUCUGUUCAUCUACGGUUGGACAAUUCAGAAUCGUGUGCACUGGAUUGUGCCCAUGAUUGGUGUCGUCAUCUUUGCCUUUGGACUCAUGGGUGUUAUGAUGUGCGUUCAGAACUACCUCUUGGAUGUCUACCCAAGGGCAGCAGCCUCCGUUACCGCCGCCCUGGCCGUGCUCCGUUCCCUAGCCGGGGCGCUCCUUCCCCUCUGCGCCAUCGACAUGUACACGGAGCUGAACAUGGGUUGGGGCAACUCGGUCCUGGCCUUCAUUGCCCUCGGCCUCGUCCCCAUUCCCCUGUUGUUCUAUAAAUUCGGGCCACGGCUCGUCAAGAAGUUUGAGCUUAAGUUGUAACGUUUCUCGUCUUCUCGUUUUUCAUAUCCCGUAGUCUGGGGUACCGCAUAGCACGCUGGAGUUAGGGUUCGAGGGGUUUUGAAAAGAGUGUUCUACAUAUAGAGAUACCAACGACAUACAUAGAAGUUGGUCUUAAUACAUUGUUCAAACUGUGCUACCGGCGAC